AUGGAAAAGCCUGAUCAGCUCUUGGAGUCAUCCAGAAAGUUGAGCUCUUCCGAAAUGGAUGAUGGGUCAAAAACAGAACGCAGCAUCAGUCCACCGUUUGAACAAAUUCCUGUCAAGUCAGAGAAAUCAAUCAAGAAUACAGAAACAUCGGCAGCAGAGGAAUGGGUCUAUCUCACGGGAUUUAAGCUUUGGGCAGUCAUUGGCGUUGUGACAGUAGCCUGCUUUAUUUUACUCCUAGACACAGCUAUAAUAGCAACGGCCAUUCCCAAAAUUACAAGUGAUUUCCAUUCACUUAACGAUGUAGGAUGGUAUGGAAGUAGCUAUUUGUUGGCCAGUGCUGCUCUGACCCCAAUGGCUGGAAAGAUCUAUACUCGGUACAACUCCAAGUGGUCUUUCCUUUCAUUUCUUGGUGUUUUCGAGCUAGGUUCGCUAUUAUGUGCCUUGGCGAAAGACGCCAAGAUGUUGAUUGUAGCCAGAGCUAUUGCUGGUCUCGGAUCUUCUGGUCUGAUUAACGGUGCUCUUACAAUUAUCGCAAAUUCUAUUCCUUUGGAAAAACGAGCAGCAUCCACUGGCUUCUUGAUGGCUUUCGCUCAAAUGGGUUUGCUCCUGGGACCGGUCAUUGGAGGAGCGUUGACCCAGCACGUCAGUUGGAGAUGGUGCUUUUGGAUCAAUCUCCCUGCCGGCGCAUUAACCGCCGCCAUCCUCCUCCUCAUACAAAUCCCUCAGCGCAUCGCAGUCAGAACCAAAAAGUCCACUUGGCAAAGUUUUAUCAUGGAGCUAGACAUCCCAGGGUUCUUUUUGUUUGCGCCUACAACAAUAAUGUUACUGCUGGCUCUUCAAUGGGGUGGGACAAAGUACGCAUGGUCCAGCGCGACGAUCAUUGGACUCUUCUGCGGAUUUGCCGCGAAUACCGUGGUAUUUUGUAUCUGGGAGAAGUCGCGUGGGGAAAUGGCAAUGAUUCCAUGGUCGAUGAUCAAGCAAAGAGUUGUUUGGUGUAGCUGCCUUCUCAUGCUGUUCUUCUUCGGUGCUAACCUCAUUAUUUCGUAUUAUCUCGCGAUUUACUUCCAGGCGGUCAAGGGAGUCUCGCCAACGACGAGCGGCGUCAACUUCCUGCCGAGUAUUCUUAGUCAAAUGUUUAUGGCCAUUACUUCUGGUGUUCUCGUUGGAAAACUCGGUUACUAUCUUCCUUGGGCCGUCAUUAGUUCGGUAUUUUCAUCGCUUGGGCAUGGGCUUAUAAGUACAUUCACUCCGACAACAACUACGGGUGUCUGGAUUGGGUAUCAAAUAAUUGGAGGUGCAGGUCGAGGUGCUGGAUUACAAAUGCCAAUCAUCGCCAUCCAAAAUUGCAUACCACAAGAACAAGUGUCCAUAGGCAUGUCCCUUGUCGCUUUCGCUCAAACACUCGGAGGUUCGCUAUUCCUCGCCUUCGCCCAAACUUGCUUUUCUGGGGCUCUCCCAAAGAGCCUUGCCACACACGCGCCUGGUGUCAGCCACACGCUCGUUGAACAAGCUGGCGCAAGUGGUUUCCGAGAAGUCAUUCCGAAAGAGUCAUUGGCCGGGGUUAUUGAAGCGUACAACGAUUCGCUAAACCAAGUUUUCUAUAUCGCGGCUGCCGCUUCUGCGGCGUGCUUUAUUUUUGCUUGGGGUAUGGGCUGGAAAGAUAUCAGAAAGAAGAAGAUUGUCGAAGUGGCUGCAUAA